AUGCUGGAGAAGGACAAUCGAGGGUUCUAUUUGCCGAAAAAUCGACCGGAGAUGGAGGUGGGUCGUCGACUGGUGGGGGUAACUCAUCGGGAACGAAGGGAAAUUGGAAAGGAUCGAUUGGGUCUAAUAAAGCAAAUGAGUUUAAUGGGACUAAUGGGUCAAGUGGAUCCGGAUAUAGUGGGUUAUCCAGGUAUCCCAGUAUCUUCAUCUUUCUUGCAAAAGAAGGAAAGAAAACUCGAUAACAACAUGGCCAAGAACGCUUCCUUGUUUGUGAAGAUGGCAGCAGUACUCUCACUUUUCCUGAUGCUCGUUGUGUUGUCAGAAAGCAGAUUCACCCUAACCGAUGGUGUCCAGAAGGCAAAAUCAGCCCUUGUGUGCAGCCAAGUUGUCGGUGCGGAAGCUGGCGAUGAUUGCACCAUCAUUAGCAAAGAGUUUGGGAUGAGUUUGUCAUCGUUUUUGGCGAUUAACCCCAACAUCAAUUGUGAAUCGGUCUUUGUGGGUCAAUGGGUUUGUAUUGAUGGAAGUGCCUAAUUCUUCAUGCUCGAAAACUAGUGGCAUGAAAUAUCCAAAAUGUUGAAACUUUUUCCCGGCAUCUCAUAUGAUGAAGAUAUUUAUUUUGGUUAUUGUUGUUUAAUUUGGUUUAAAACUUGAUG